GCUGCCCUACCGAUACAUCCGCCGCCUGCACUGGGGGUGCGGGACGGUGGGAUGGGGCCUGUCAGGGCGCUGGGGCUGCUCCUGUGCCUGCAGCUCUGUGGGGGUGAGUGCCGGGGUAGUGGGAGCGGGGACCCGCCAGUGCCGGUCCCGGCUCAGGACCCUCCAUGCCGCAGGCUCCGGGCAGCUGCGGCUGGUGGGCGGCGGCGGGCGCUGUGCCGGACGCGUGGAGGUGAAUCACAGCGGUGAGUGGGGCUCUGUCUGCGUCUUCGAGUUCGACUGGGAGGCCCGCUGGGCCACCGUGGUGUGCCGGCAGCUGGGCUGUGGCCGCGUGGCCUCGGCGUCCCCGUACGCCCCGUUCGGGCAGGGCACCGGCCGGAUCUGGCUCCAGCCCUUCUUCUGCCGAGGCACCGAGGAGGUUCUGGAGGAGUGUCCGCACUUUGGAUGGGGCCAGCACUUCUGCGGCCACGAGCGGGAUGUGGGCGUGAUCUGCACAGAGGCCGUGGAACUGAGGCUGGUGGCCGGCGGUGGUCCCUGCGCCGGGAGGGUGGAGGUGAAGCUGCGGGGACGCUGGGGCUCGGUGGGAGAUGACAUCUGGGACAUGGAGGACGCCGAGGUGGUGUGCCAGCAGCUGGGCUGUGGCUCGGCGAUCGGCGCCUACGCUGCCCGCGACCGCUUUGGUGCAGGGGCCGGGCCCAUCAACCUGGCCGUGGUGGACUGCAAGGGAGAUGAGGCCACACUCUGGGACUGCGAGAUCCGUGGCUGGGGACCCUACAACGGUACCCAUGACUUUGACACUGCCGUCGUCUGCCAAGGGUUUUCACGGCUGGUCGAGGGUGAUAGAGACUGUACCGGGCGGUUGGAGGUGCGGCAGCGCCACGCCUGGGUUGGCGUGUGCGCGGAGCACGUGGACAUGAAGGUGGCCCAGGUGGUGUGCCGGGAACUGGGCUGUGGCACAGCGCUCGCCAUCCCCGGCAGUGGCUGGUUUGGGGUGGGAACGGGGCCACUCUGGGAGGGAGAAUUCAACUGCACUGGCAACGAGACCCUCCUCAGCACCUGCUCCCAGCGGGUGCCCCACAGCCAGGGCUGCGCUGGCCACGCCACCAUCAUCUGCUCCCCCUACACGGGCUUCCGGCUGGGGAACAGCAGCUCGGGCUGUGCCGGGCGUGUGGAGGUGGCGGUGAGGGGCACGUGGGGGUCCGUCUGUGCCAGCGACUGGGACCUGCCCGAUGCCGAAGUCUUGUGCCUCCACCUGGGCUGUGGCCAUGCUGUCACCAUGCCCCCAGGAGGCUCCUUCGGCAGUGGGGACGGGCCGCUGAGGUCGGACGCCUUUGGCUGCAGCGGGAGCGAGCGGCACCCGGGGGAGUGCCCCGUGGCGGUGCUGGGGGAGCCCCCCUGCACCCCGGGGAACGCCGCCGCCGUCAACUGCUCAGGCGUCGUCAACUCCCUGCAGCUGGUGGAGGGUGAGAGCCGGUCCGACGGGAGGCUGGAGGAGGCCAUAACCACUCCGACCUGGCGCCGUGUGCCUGUGGAGCAGUGGAAGACAUGGGAUGUCUACAUGGUAUGUUCUGUGCUGUAUUGUGGCCUGCCAAGUGAUGUCUACACAGCCUUGCGUAUGGCACCCACUGCACUGACCAGCAGCUCCAGGGAGGUGGAUGUCAUGAUGGAGGAGAUGGACGACAUGUCAGGGAAGGGACCUGAGCUGACCAGGAGCCUCGAGGAGAUGGAGGAUGUGCCAGAGGAGAUCUCUGGUGUUUCAGGAAUGGGCCCUGCACCAAUCAACAGCCCUGAGGAGAUGGUCAUCGUCUGUUCAGGUGGGUGUCCCGAGUAGGGCUGGGGUGCUGGUGCCCUGAGCAGCCCCCCAGCCCGGUCCUUCCAUGCCCGCAGGCAGCCGGCGGGUGAGGCUGGCAGUCAG